GAUGGGAGAGAUGGGAGCGGAUAAAGUUAUUUAUGCAGUAAAAUCGGAUGAUACAGCCUUCCAGUCAUGGCUGUCUAUAAAGUGAUAUGUGUGGCAACGGUGUUAAUUCUCCUGAUACAAGAGUCUCAUUCACAGCUUCAUGUGUGUGGCCAGCCUCCACUUAACACCAAGAUAGUUGGAGGACAGGAGGCUUCUGCAGGCAGUUGGCCCUGGCAGGUCAGCCUGCAACAUUCUGGAAACCACUUCUGUGGAGGAUCCCUCAUCAACAGUCAGUGGGUGCUGACUGCUGCUCACUGCUUCGUAAUUACCGGCUUCCCUGCAAGCAGUGUGACUGCAGUACUGGGUCUCCAAACUCUGUCAGGAUCCAACCCUAAUGCACAGCGUUUGGCUUUGAGUCAAGUCAUUGUUCAUUCCAACUACAACUCCAACACAAACGACAACGACAUCUGCCUCCUGCAGCUGGCAUCAGCAGUGACUUUCACCAGCUACAUUCAGCCUGUGUGUCUGGCAGCGCCAGGCAGCACCUUUUAUAACGGCACUGACUCCUGGGUCACUGGCUGGGGAGUCACCUCAAGUGGAUCUGUGACUGUUUCACAAACCCUAAUGGAGGUGGAGAUCCCAGUUGUGGGCAACAGACAGUGUAACUGUGACUAUGGAAUUGGAUCAAUCACCAACAACAUGAUUUGUGCUGGGUUAAGUGCUGGAGGGAAGGACUCCUGUCAGGGAGACUCAGGUGGUCCAAUGGUGAGCAAGCAGAGUGGUCGCUGGAUCCAGAGUGGAAUCGUCAGUUUUGGAAACCAAUGUGCUUUACCUAAUUUUCCUGGAGUCUACACCAGAGUGUCCCAGUAUCAGUCCUGGAUCAACAGCCAGAUCACCAGCAACCAGCCGGGCUUCAUCACCUACACAUCCACUGGGAUUGAUGGGGACCUCAAUGUGUCCUGUGCUGGUAUACCACCAGUAACAUCGUCCCCUCCCCCCACUUCCAUAUUUUCACCCUCCUCUUUAGCACUCCUUCUAACAGCUUCACAUCAACUACUUCUACAUCUACAUCACCCAACCCAACCCAAUGUAUUGUGUGGUCAGCCUCCACUUAACACUAAGAUAGUUGGAGGACAGGAGGCCUCUCCAGGCAGUUGGCCCUGGCAGGUCAGCCUGCAAUAUUCUGGAAACCACUUCUGUGGAGGAUCCCUCAUCAAUGAUCAGUGGGUGCUGACUGCUGCUCACUGCACCACAUGGAUCAGUCCAAGCUUCUUGCAUGUGUGCCUGGGUCUCCAGAGUCAGGAAGGACCCAACCCUAACCAGCAAUCUAGGACCAUAGAACAGAACAUCGUUCACCCCAGCUAUGACAGCCAAAGAAAUGAUAAUGACGUUGCCCUCCUGAAGCUCUCGUCACCAGUUACCUUCACCGACUAUGUGUUGCCCGUCUGCCUGGCAGCCUCAGGAAGCACGUUCUACAACGGCACCGGAACCUGGGUCACUGGCUGGGGCGCUACUGCUAGUGGAGUUCAUCUUCCUUCACCACAAAACCUAAUGGAGGUGGAGGUUCCAGUUGUGGGCAACAGACAGUGUAACUGUGACUAUGGAGUUGGAACAAUCACCAGCAACAUGAUUUGUGCUGGGUUAAGUGCUGGAGGGAAGGACUCCUGUCAGGGAGACUCAGGUGGUCCAAUGGUGAGCAAGCAGGGUGGUCGCUGGAUCCAGAGUGGAAUCGUCAGUUUUGGAAACGGCUGUGCUUUACCUAAUUAUCCAGGAAUCUACACCAGAGUGUCCCAGUAUCAGUCCUGGAUCAACAGCCAGAUCACCAGCAACCAGCCGGGCUUCAUCACCUACACAUCAACUGGGACUGACGGGGACCUCAGUGUCUCCUGUGCUGGUCUACCACCAGUAACAACAACAAGCACUACAACCAAUUUAACUACAACCUCCUUGUCAUCAACCUCUCUUUCCACUGAUUCCACAUCAACUCCCUCUACUUUAACCACAACCACAUCAACCAACCCACCAUCAAUCAUCUCAAGUACACUAUAUCAACCUGUGUUUUGUGGCCAAGCUGCAUUAAAUACUCGUAUUCUGGGAGGAAACCCGUCAGCUGGCAUGUGGCCGUGGAUGGUGAGCCUCCAGAGGAAUGGAAGCCAUGUGUGUGGUGGGACUCUAGUGGCUGUGGACUCUGUGCUGAGUGAUGCUAGCUGCAUCUCAAGUUCAUCCAAGCCGUCUGAUUGGACCGCUGUUUUGGGUCUUUUGAGCCAAUAUGGCUCCAACCCUAAUCAAGUGUCACUGAAUGUGACAAAUAUCACCCUGAGCAACCUGACUGGCUCUAACAUAGCAGUGCUGCAUCUGGCGUCCCAACCCACCUUGUCCAACUACAUCCAGCCCAUCUGUCUGGGUGAUGGACAAACCUUUGCUGUGGGUUCAACAUGCUGGGCUGCUGGUUGGAGCUCAGGGAGAGGAGGAGUGGAAGAAGUUCUACAGGAGACACAGGCUACUAUUGCCGACUGUGGGAACUUAUCGACGAGUGACAGCAUUUGUACAGACUUUAUUGCACUGGAUCAGGAGGACGCUGGUGGUCCCAUCAUGUGUGAGCAGGACGGCUCGUGGUUCCAGGCGGCUGUGUUAACACCUCCGUCCAAGAGCUCCACCGCUCGAACAAGAGCUGCUCACGUGAUGGUCUUCACCAGAAUGAGCGUCUACGGGGAAUUCCUGAUUGAGACGCUGGGGACAUUUUUGUCUCCAGCUUCCAACAUGAGCAGCAACGCACCUACAACCACCACAAACACCGUCCUGACCACAAGAGGGGGCACUGCUGCUCAAGCUCACUUCUUAUAUCUCCAUGUUGUCAUUUUCUGUCUGACUUUUUCGUUUUUCAUGCUGUAUGCAUAUUCACAAUCGGAUGUGUGUGGCCUGGCAACCCUUAACACUAGGAUUAUUGGGGGACAGGUGGCCUCUGAAGGCAACUGGCCCUGGCUGGCCAGUCUGCAGUUAACUGGGUCACCUGGGUCUCACUUCUGUGGAGGAACCCUUAUCACCAAUCAGUGGGUGUUGACUGCUGCACACUGCGCCGUAUAUGCAGCUUCAAACUCUUUGACUGUGUUCCUGGGUCUUCAAACUCUAACAGGGUCCAACCCAAAUCAGCAGUCUCAGACAGUAGCACAGAGCAUUGUUCACCAGAGCUAUGACGCCAAAACUCUGGAUAACGACAUUGCUCUCUUGAGGCUCUCAAUGCCAGUGACCCUGAACAGCUAUGUUUCGCCCGUCUGCCUGGCAGCCUCAGGAAGCACAUUCUACAGCAACACAGACAGUUGGGUGACUGGCUGGGGCUCCACUGGGAAUGGAGUUCCCAUUCCACCCACACAAACUUUAAUGGAGGUGGAGGUUCCAGUUGUGGGCAACAGACAGUGUAACUGUGACUAUGGAGUUGGAAGAAUCACCAGCAACAUGAUUUGUGCUGGGUUAAGUGCUGGAGGGAAGGACUCCUGUCAGGGAGACUCAGGUGGUCCAAUGGUGAGCAAGCAGGGUGGACGCUGGACCCAGAGCGGAAUCGUCAGUUUUGGAAAAGGCUGUGCUUUACCUAAUUAUCCCGGAGUCUACACCAGAGUGUCCCAGUAUCAGUCCUGGAUCAAAAGCCAGAUCACCAGCAACCAGCCGGGCUUCAUCACCUACACAUCCACUGGGACUGAUGGGGACCUCAGUGUCUCCUGUGCUGGUCUUCCACCAGUAACAACCACAAGCACUACAACCACUACGACUACAACUACCACUUCAUUGCCCACACCUGUGGUUUGUGGACAAGCUGCGUUAAAUACUCGUAUUCUGGGAGGAAACUCGUCAGCUGGCAUGUGGCCGUGGAUGGUGAGCCUCCAGAGGAAUGGAAGCCAUGUGUGUGGUGGGACUCUAGUGGCUGUGGACUCUGUGCUGAGUGACGCUAGCUGCAUCACAAGUACAUCCAAGCCGUCUGAUUGGACUGCUGUUUUGGGUCUUCUGAGCCAAUACGGCUCCAACCCUAAUCAAGUGUCACUGAAUGUGACAAAUAUCACCCUGAGCAACCUGACUGGCUCUAAUGUAGCGGUGUUGCACCUGGCGUCCCAACCCACCUUGUCCAACUACAUCCAGCCCAUCUGUUUGGGCAACGGAAUAACCUUCGCUGUGGGCUCAAUAUGUUGGGCUGCUGGUUGGAGCUCUGGGAGAGGAGGAGUGGAAGAAAUUCUACAGGAGCUCCAGGCCACUAUUGCAGACUGUGGAAGCACAACAAGCAACAGCAUUUGUACAGAAUUCAUUUCACUGAAUCAGGCUGAUGCUGGUGGCCCCAUCAUGUGUAAGCAGGACGGCUCUUGGUUCCAGGCAGCUGUGUUAACGCUUCCAACAAACAGCUCCACCACUCGGUCAGCACGAUCAGCUGCGAUCCUGACCUUUAACACAAUCAGCAACUAUAAGGCAUUCCUGAGUGAGACAGUGGGUCCAUUACUGUCUCCAGCGUCCGUCAGCAGCACCACGGAGACAGUUACCAACAGCACAGCUAUCAGCAGCACAGCUAUAACCACCAAUACCAUCACAACCACCAGAGGGAGCGCUGCUGCUCUCUCUCAUUGGAUUUUUCUUCAUCUCCUUGUCUUCACCACAUGUCUUCAUUUCUUUUGACAGAAACUACACACUUUACCUGUAAAUAGUGGUUUAUAUAAUGUGACAGACACAAAUAAUGUGAAACUUCAAAUACAACAAUAAUCCCUGAUUGAAUCAGGCAUGCAGGCAAGGGAGGACUCUGGAGCUGAGCUUCACCUCCUUACAUUAAAAACACCCUUCUUAUAAUAUCACAUUAGCACUUUUGUCAGUAGUAUUAGUAGUAGUCUCUUCCCCCAUGUGGAAUUAUAAGUAAAAUGUUUAUGUUUAUGUUUCCCAAAAAAAUGAAGAAAUAAAGCUUCAGACAAUG